UGGAAACUAAUAAAUAACUCUUUCGUGAAAUAUAAUUCAUUCAUGUUCAUGUUUUUUACAGAUCUGAUAGACACAAACACUCCAAACCAAACUAUACUCACUACCACUUAUUCUCAUGGCUAUGCAAUUACCUUCUUCAUCCUUGUCCUCCACCCUCUCUAAUGAUUUCAUCUAUGACGUGUUCAUUAGUUUCAGGGGUACCGACACUCGAUUCGGUUUUACCGGUAAUCUUUAUAAAGCUCUUUCUGACAAAGGAAUCCACACCUUUAUUGAUGACAAAGAGCUUAAGAGAGGUGACGAAAUCACACCUUCGCUCCGCAAGAGCAUUGAAGAUUCGAGAAUUGCCAUUAUCGUCUUCUCUAAAGACUAUGCUUCUUCUUCAUUUUGUUUAGACGAACUUGUCCACAUCAUUCACUACUUCAAGGAAAAGAGUCGCCUUGUUCUACCAAUUUUCUAUGGCACCGAACCUUCGCAGGUGCGAAAACUGAAUGACAGUUAUGGUGAAUCAUUUGCUAAGCAUGAAGAGGGGUUUCAAAAUAACAAGGAACACAUGGAGCGGUUGCUGACAUGGAAGAAAGCUCUUAACGAAGCUGCUAACUUAUCUGGACAUCAUUUCAAUCAAGGAAAUGAAUAUGAACGUGAUUUUAUUGAAAAAAUAGUUAGAGACGUCUCCAACAAGAUUAACCAAAUUCCUUUACAUGUUACUGAUUACCUUGUUGGUCUUCGAUCUCGAAUUUCAGAAGUGAAUUCACUUCUAGACUUGGGAUAUAAUGGAGUAUGCAUAAUAGGAAUCGUUGGAACUGGUGGAAUGGGCAAGACAACUCUUGCUCAAGCAAUUUAUAAUUUGAUUGCUAAUCAAUUUGAAUGUAAGUGUUUCCUUCACAAUGUGAGAGAAAAUUCAGUUCAACAUGGCUUAGAGUAUCUUCAAGAGCAGCUUCUCUUUAAAUCAAUCGGAUUUGAAACUAAGUUUGGACAUGUUAAUGAAGGAAUUCCAAUCAUAAAGCGAAGGCUAUGUCAAAAGAAAGUUUUGUUGAUUCUCGAUGACAUUGACAAACUAAAGCAAUUGCAGGUUUUGGUCGGAGAGCCUAGCUGGCUCGGUCGUGGCAGCAGAGUCAUCAUUACCACUCGAGACAAACAUUUGUUAUCAUCUCAUGGGAUUACAAAAAUAUACGAAGCAUAUGGUUUAAAUAAGGAACAAGCUCUUGAAUUGUUAAGAACAAAGGCUUUUAAAAGUAAAAAAAAUGAUUCAAGCUAUGAUUACAUUUUAAACCGUGCAAUUAAAUAUGCUUCUGGCCUUCCAUUAGCUUUAGAAGUUGUGGGUUCCAACUUGUUUGGAAUGAGUACAACAGAAUGCGAGUCUACAUUAGAUAAGUAUGAAAGAAUUCCACCUGAAGAUAUCCAAAAAAUACUUAAAGUAAGCUUUGACGCUUUGGACGAAGAACAACAGAGUGUCUUUUUGGAUAUUGCUUGUUUCUUUAAUUGGUGUGAAUCGGCAUAUGUCGAAGAGAUACUUGAAUAUCAUUAUGGUCAUUGCAUAAAAAGCCACCUCAGAGCGCUGGUUGAUAAAUCUCUCAUAAAGACUAGUAUUCAAAGACACGGAAUGAAAUUUGAGUUGGUGACAUUACAUGACUUGUUAGAGGACAUGGGUAAAGAAAUCGUCCGACAUGAAUCAAUUAAAGAGCCUGGAGAACGUAGUAGGUUGUGGUAUCACGAUGAUAUAUUUGAUGUUUUACAGAACAACAAAGGCACGAAUAAAAUUGAAAAGAUAUUUCUAAGUUGUCCCUCCAUGAAACUCACAAGAAACAAUGGAGAGGCCUUCAAGAAGAUGACAAAUAUCAAAACACUUAUCAUAAGAAAUAGUCAAUUCUCCAAAAGUCUGAAGUAUCUUCCAAGUACUUUGAAAGUAUUGAUAUGGGAAAGAUAUUGCUUGCCCUCUCUAUCAUCUAGUAUAUUUAGCCAGGAAUUCAACUAUAUGAAAGUCUUGAUAUUGAACCAUUUUUACUCUUUAACUCAUAUACCCGAUGUCUCAGGUCUUCCAAAUUUAGAAAAGAUCUCAUUAAAAAAGUGUUGGAACUUAAUUACAAUUCACAAUUCAAUUGGAUGCCUAAGUAAACUUGAAAUCAUAAAUGCAAGGAAAUGCUAUAAGCUCAAAAGUUUUCCACCCUUACGGCUGCCCUCUCUUAAGGAAUUGAAACUUUCUGAGUGUUGGAGUCUCAAGAGUUUUCCAGAAUUAUUGUGCAAGAUGACAAAUUUGAAAAGUAUUUUGUUGGACGGUACUUCCAUAGGAGAAUUGCCAUUUUCAUUUCAAAAUCUCAGUGAACUUCGUGACUUACAAAUAACUAGAAGUAAUAUCCAUAGGUUCCCUACUUCUUCAAAAAAUUCAAAAAAAAGAAUGCUCAGGUUCCGUAAAGAUGAUGAUAAAAUUAAUUCUAUAGUGUUAUCAAGUGUGAAACAUCUUAAUCUCCACGAUAACAUCCUUUCAGAUGAAUGUCUUCCAAUACUUCUCAAGUGGUUUGUUAAUGUGAAAUAUCUAGACUUGUCUAACAAUGAUUUCAAAAUUCUUCCCGAGUGCCUUAGUGAAUGUCGCCAUCUUAAGGAUCUUAAAUUGGAUUAUUGCUGGGCUCUUGAAGAAAUUAGAUGGAUUCCACCCAAUCUAUAUUGCUUGUCUACAAUAAGAUGCAAUUCAUUGAAUUCCACAAGUAGAAGAAUGUUAUUGGGUCAGGUUGGAUGCAGCGAUAUUUAUUCACCAACCAGAAAAGAGGGGAUUCCAGAUUGGUUCGAGCACCAAAUGGAGGGAGACACAAUUUCUUUCUGGUUUCGCAAAAAGAUCCCUUCUAUUACUUGUAUUCUUCGUACUCGUACUCGACCAAAAAGAGGGGAUUCCAGUUGGCCUCGACUAAAAAUCAAUUAUUUUGUGAAUGGCUAUGAAUGUACUGAUGAAAUUUGGAUACAUUAUUCAUUUCUCUAUCGGUACUCGGAAGAGACAUGUUUGUUGAAUCUGAAAUUGGAAGAACGGGUUAAAUGGUCAAAUCUCAUGUCUGAAAUGGACAAAGCACUUUUAAAAAAUGAAUGGAUCCAUGUGCAGAUUUAUUUUGAGAAUGUUCUUUAUCAUGCAAAAAAGGGAAUCCAUGUGCGGAAGGAGAAAAGCAACAAGGAUGAGGAUGUGAUAUUCACUAAUCCUUAUGUAGAAAAUAACAAUACUUCAUCAUCACAAUUUCACACGAAUCUCGUGUCAGAAAUGGACAAAUCUUGUGUGGAUGAGGAGACUAAUUUAGUGGAUUAUUAUUCUACUAAAGAUGAGGAGAGUUUUUUCUGGAGUGAAUUCCGUGAACAAUUCGAAAUAGAUAAUAUCAUGUAUACCGACGAUGAGAAAAUGAGUUUGUGGAGUUAUUAUGAAAUCAAAUUUAGUGAACAAAUGAGAAUCCACAUGUUGAAGGAGUAAAGCAACACGGAGGAGGAUGCAUAUUCAAACAAACCUUAAUUAUCACAAAAGAUAAGGAAAAAAGAGUAUAGAAAGACAUUCCUUGGUUUAAGGUGCAUCGUAAAGUUAACCGUCUUGUUGUUGUUUCUUAAUCACAACAUUGCAGGAAGGAGAAGCCAUAGCUAUCAACCUGGAUUUUUGUUCAACUAUUACACAUCGGAAGCAAUCAGGUCUGAUGAAAAUUUGGUAAUCCAUCUCUCUGGGCCUCCAACUAUAUCCCUUCAUCCUACAACUUUUAAAAGGUGUGGUGGAAGGUGGCCACUUUCACACCACGUCUAAUGAAUUGCGGAGCAUCCUAGAGGAAUGUUGUUACAAAAAUCCAUAUGUAGCUGUCUUGCCUUUUGCAUUGUCAUGCAAGAUGUCUAGAGGUGGUUCACACCAAAGAAUAUGUUGGUUGUUCGAAAUGGCAAUGGGUAAUGAUAUUAUUUGCAUAUGAUACUUACUUCUGCAUCUCAACGUAUCUUCAUUCAUCUCAUCUGUGUGCGAAUCUGGACACUGGUCGAAACGACUAUAGGGAGACGGGUUUCUCAAACUAAAUUCUGUCCCUACCAGAAAAGAGAAGAUUCCAAAACUUGUAACAUGCCUAGUUGUGCUACUUAUAGUUCCAUGUACAUAUCUGAUAUUUAGAAGACUUAUAACUUAUUUCCUAAUUCAUAGUGUAAUAUUUCUUAUGCUAAACUAACAGAAACUACAUGAGGCUAGAAGCGCGAAUAUUUGAUUGCCAACUGGAACAGAGGGGAUUCUAGAUUGGUUCGAGCACCAAAUCACAGGAUACACUCUUUGUGGUGUCGUAAAGAAAUCCCUUCUACAACUGAAAAAAGUAGUUAAUUUGUCUGUCAAUGGCUAUGUAAAAGUAGUCAGGAUUUCAUCGAACCAAACUUAUAUAUUUGACGUGGUCUGAGAUUUGAAGAAAUGAUUAAAUGCUAUAACACAAAGAAACUCGUGUCUGAGAUUCGAACA